AUGACUGGAGCAGAAGCUACCCCAACCAUCACUGCUACUGGUUCAACCAGUCAAAUGAAAAACCUUGACUCUAAUCAUCCCUAUUUCCUUCACUCUUCAGAUUCACCUGGGAUGAGUCUUGUCAAUGUGCCCUUUGAUGGGAGAGGUUCCCGGGUUGGAGGAGAUCCAUUCUCAUUGCUCUUUCAGCCAAGAAAAAACUUGGCUUCAUCGAUGGGAUUUGUGAAGAACCUAAGCCUGACUCAGGAGAUCAUCCUCUGUGGAGCAGAGCUAAUGAUAUGUCUAGAACAUAGAUUUGGCCAAUCAAAUGGGGCCAAACUAUACCAAUUACAAAAGGAAAUUUCAACAUCAGUUCAAGGAAAUAACAACAUUUCAAGCUACUUCACUACACCCAAAAAACUAUGGGAUGAAAUGGACUCUCUAAGCUCUCAUCUAAAUUGCUCCUGUGAUUGUGCAUGUGGUAGAAAGGCUAAAGUGGCUAAGUUUCUAGAGGAUCAAAGGAUCCUGCAAUUUCUCAUGGGGCUCAAUGAUGUAUAUGCUCAGGCUAGAGGAAACAUUCUCAUCAUGAGUCCACUCCCUAGCAUGGAUUUUUCCUAUUCAUUGCUCUUACAAGAUGAAAACCAGAGAGAGGUUUUUGUGAAUAUGGUCAGUCCUCAACUCAACUCAGAUGCAUCUUCAUUUAUGGUUGCUGGACAAGGAAAGGGUGGUCUAAGGUACAACAAUCAAGGACAAAGGGGAGGGAAUCCUUCUACAAAAUCUGGAAACAAUCAGCAGCAAAAGAGCAAAGCUAAGAAGGCAAAAUACAAUCCAAAUGUCAGUUGCACUCAUUGCAUGAGAACAGGACAUGUUAGGGCAGAUUGCUACAGGCUAAUUGGAUUCCCAGAUAUAGGGGUGUUCAUGAUUCGGUUUGGAUCGAUUUUUUAUUAA